AUGAAAACUAUAUUUUUUUUAACUUUAAUUUUAGGUAUUUUAUUAUCAAUUUCAUUGACAUCAGCCAAUAUUCAAGAAUCUGAAAUUUCAGAAUCAUUAUUGUAUCGUUACCCACACCACCCAUAUAGAUGUGGAUAUAAUGAUAAUUGUAAAUCAGGAGAAACAUGCCACAUGGUAGGAGAUAUUUGUCAAUGUCAACCAAUUGUUCAAUUAAAUAAUGCCAAUCAAGUUUACUUAAUUAUCAAACAAAUUGGUGUAUGGCAAGAUGGAUCACGUGGUGGUAGAACUUAUUCUCAAUAUGAUGUUACAAUUGUUAAUAAUGGAAAUAACAAUAUCAAACAAAUUAACAUUGGUACUGACAGCUCAUUCAGAUUACGUGAUAACUCUGAUACAUCUCUUUGGAACAUGGUCCGUAUUCCAAAUGGAAUUUUAGCAUUACCACCAAUUCAACAAUCAAUUAAUGCUCAUUCAACUUAUACAUUUGGUUUCAUUAUUGAAGGUGCAUUUGUUCCAAACCUCCCAAUCCUUAAAAUAGUUUAUUAA